AUGCCAAAACGAAUCGUUUUGGGUCUAAUACCUAAUGACGCCCCCAAUGGCACUAGUACUAAAAACCCGUUCAAUUUCAAAAACUGCAAAGUCAAAAGAUUGGAUGUCACCAUCAACGGAGAAACCAUCAGUACCCGACCCUAUGAGCCGGAUUUCGAGAACGACUUGUAUCUCAGAUCUUACUUGAGUCUGUAUCAAGGGUUGGGAAAAUUCGGUGCCGAUUGGGCCCCAGGAAUUACUUACGACGAGUAUAAAGACGGCUACACCUUGUGGUGUAUAGAUUUCACCAAAGAUCAGGAGGCACAGCUAGACAAGUUUUAUCUGAUUGAAACAGGAAAUUUGAGAAUCGAAAUUCAAUUUGCAGAAAACACGGCAGAAACUCUGAAUUGUUUAGUCUACGCUGAAUUUGAUAACUUGCUAGAAAUCAACAAACAAAGAGAAGUCAGCACUGACUUUUAA